GAACACAAACUGGAAUGUGUGGGAGUGGGUGUCUUUCACCGUUUGCUCUGCACGACCGACGCUCGAACGCCACUAUCGCCGAUUUCUAUGAAAUUGAAUCAGUUUUAUUUUGUUUUAGCGAUUGUUCCUGUUUUUUUGUUUGCCGGGAGAACACCAGCUACUCUUGACGUAUGAAUGAAUGGUCGGAUUGAUGGAUGGAUGGAGGGGAGCAGGUAGACGAGCGCUAAAAACGCCGCAAAGAAGCUACUUUGAGUGAUUAAAAGGAAAAUAAAUCCAUUAAAGGUGUGUCGUCACGCAUCCCGGAGAUCAUGGCGGCCGCCGGGACGCACUCGCCGGGAGGCCCCAACGGCAUCAUCCGGAGUCAGUCGUUCGCCGGCUUCAGCACGCUGCAAGAGCGGCGGUCGCGGUGUAACUCCUUCAUGGGCAACUCCGUGGCGCAGAAGAAGCCUCAGUCUAAACCCAAAAAGCCCCAUCUGUCUGGUCACAAGGGGGGCAGCAGCUCCAGGGAGCCUCAGCCGAAAAGAUUGGAGGAGGUCUACAUCUCGCUCAAACAAGGCCUGCAUGAAUAUCUGGCGGUUCACCAAACAGAGUUGGAGAAGCUGACGUCUCUGAUGAAGGACAUGAAGAGGAACUCGCGCCUGGGAGUGCUGUAUGAUCUUGACAAGCAAAUCAAAGCCAUCGAGAGGUAUAUGAGACGCCUGGAGUUUCACAUGAGCAAGGUGGAUGAGCUCUAUGAGGCCUUCUGCAUCCAGAGUCGCCUGAGGGAUGGCGCCAGCCGCAUGAAGCAGGCCUUCACAUCCUCCCCUUCCACCAAGGGAACCAAGGAGAGCAUCGCUGAGGUUAACCGACGCUAUAAAGAGUACACAGAGAACAUGAGCGCCUUUGAGAGUGAUCUGGAGAACCUGCUUGGAGAGUUUCACAUCAAAAUGAAAGGUUUGGCAGGCUUUGCUAGGCUGUGUCCGGGAGACCAGUAUGAGAUAUUCAUGCGGUACGGUCGCCAGAGGUGGAAGCUAAAGGGCCGCAUCGAGGUGAACUCCAGACAGAGCUGGGACGGGGACGAGAUGGCCUUCAUGCCGCUCAUCACUGACCUCAUUAACAUCAAGGUGACCGAGCUGAAGGGCCUGGCUACUCACCUGUUGGUGGGCAGCGUCAUCUGCGAGACCAAGGAGCUCUUCACCGCCAUGCCUCAGGUAGUGGCGGUGGACGUCAACGACCUUGGGACCAUUAAGCUCAACCUGGAGGUCACGUGGUACCCCUUCGACGUGGAGGACCUUACACUGUCGUCGGGCAACGUGAGCAAAGCCACAGCGCUGCAGAGGCGGGUGUCUGUUUACAGCCAGGGCACACCGGAGACCCCCACCUUCCAGGAUGCCUCCUUCUUUAAGUGGCGGCCCUAUCCCGUGGAGCGCCAGCGUCUGUCCUUCCUGCACAUGAUCAGAGACGCCUUGCUCGAGAAGCUCAGGCGCACUCGCUCCUUUGGGGACCUGGCCUCGCUGCGGCCUAGACCCAAAUCCAGUCUGGAGGUCUAUUCGACUCUACCAGAUGACGUCUUUGAAAAUGGCGGCUGCGGCAUGGCCGAGUGCAAACGGCUCUCGUUCACCUUCUCCGACACCUCAACGUCCACGCCCAGCCCGAGUCCAGCGCCCAGUUCCCACUCCCCGGCCCAGUCCAACCCCGAAAUCACUGUCACUCCCCCCGAAACGAACACCUCCCCCUCCAGGCUCCUUGCGGCCAGAGAGGGCUCCAUCGCGGAGGAGGAUGAGGAGGACGGUGAGACGGGCAGCAGAGGAAGCGCCAGCCUGGCCAGCGACGAGGCGGCCGAGGACUCCGAGUGGGAACGCACCGAGUCCCAACGCAACUCCAGCGGCUCUAACCGCGGCUCAGACGCUCCUUCCUCGUGCUCAGACGGGCUUUUGUCAACAGUGGCGCCGGAGGACGUCUUUUUGGACCAUGCAGACGAGCUAAAGCCGGUGGAGCUAGACACUGAGGAGUGCGGCAACCUGACACGGCAGCUGGUGAAGCGUCUAACAUCUUCAGAAAUGCAGGGCGGCGGCAGCAACUUCUCUGAGAGCGUGGGAAGCCCGAGCUGGGCUGGAGAGGGAAGCAGGGCCUUUCUGGAGAGCAGCCUGGAGGACGCCAUCCACGGGCUGCUGAUGACACUGGAGGCGCUGACACAUCGCUGCAGGGAGCUGCAGGACCUGGAACAGGAAGUCAUGCGACUCGAGGACCUCCUGAAGUGUCGCCUACCGGGUCACAGAAGUCGCUCGUCCAGCCUCAGCCUAACGGUGGAGAGUGCAUUGGAGAGCUUCGAUUUCCUCAACACGUCAGACUUUGACGACGAAGACACCGGAGACGACGCUGCUGCCGCCAUCCUCAGCAUGCCGUCGCAGAGGUCACCAAUCUUUGAUCCCGACGGCGAGAGAAUCGGUGGCCAGCAUCCAGAAGCACGGGGCCACCUGAGCGAAGCCCUGACCGAGGACACCGGAGUGGGCAACAGCGUGGCGGGAAGCCCCCUGCCGCUCAGCAUGGGCAACGAGAACCUGGAUGUGGCAGUAGUCAUCCACCUGCAGUACUGCAACCACCUGAUCCAGCUGCUGACGGGAGCGGUGAGCACGUGGCGGCGGCGUGGCGUUCUCCUCAAGCUGUCCGCUCAGACUCAGCUUCUCGAGGAGCUGGCGGAGGUCAUUGUGGACAGAGAGGGGGCGGUGACCUCAGCGGCUGAUGUCCUGCCGGGCCUAGCAGAGCGCGAGGCUUUGAUGUCUCUGUGGUCUGAGUGCAGCGGGUCUGCCGGACUCUUCCACACCACACUUGACCGAAUGUUGACCCGCAUGACUCAGCGCUACACGCAGACGCUGCAGGAACUCCGUUGUAACGCAGUCAUCUCUUUGGUGGUAGGCGACAUGGUGGACCGCAGCGACCUUGUGGACUCCAAAAGUCCCGCCGCCACUCUCUGUCAGGACGUCAUCACCGUCUUUCAGUUCCACAGUUACGUGGUGGAACAUGAAGUUGGAGACAUGGGGGCACACCUGCUCCACCUGGCCUGCGAGGAGACAUUUGCGGAGGUCCUAUGCAGCGGAGACGCCUCCCGGUCUGCGUCCAUGCUCGAGGAGACGCCGCCGUCCUCCCUGUGGCCCCAAAUCAGCACCCUGAGGACGUUGGCGUCGCUGCUCACCGCCGAGGACCCCCGUCUCAACAAGGCGGCGGCCGACUACCUCAGCUCCGCUACGCUGCACGGACACUUUAGGAACAAAGCGGUGGAGUACUACACUCGGGCACUGUCGGAGGCGGGCGUUCAGAGCCAGAGGGCGGCAUGUGCGGCGCUCAGCUGCCUGCAGGCUGUGGAGAGUAUUCGAGCAGUGGUCGCGCUCUGUGACUCUGCUGACGAGGAGCUGCGGCACGUUGCCAUAGAAACGCUGCUCACGUUCGGUGAGGAGGGGCGUCUGGCCUACGAGCAGUUGGACACGGUGCCGGGCGAAAUGAUAUGUUUGGGCACCCGGCGAGGAAACGCUGUCACUACUGCCUUCUGAGCCAACGUGUCACAUGAAAAAAACUAAACUAUGGAAACCUGCUAGCGGUCUCACCGACAGGGAACACACACACACACACACACACUGCCUGUCAUUUUUGGGGGUUUUAACUGGAAUCACACAUGCUUGUUCACUCCUUCACUUCAAUAACCUUUUUACUGUGAAAGCUUAAUUUCUUUUUUGCACUUGUAAAAUACUCAGCCAGUCUCAUGUGCCGCUUUGUUCCGUGUUCUACAACUUCUAGAAUGUUCCGGGAUGGCCACCGUGUGUGUCGUCGUGUUUCAGGGAGGCUAAGAGAGGACGUGCAGUUUUUCCAAGUGCAAUUUUGUAUGUACAUAGUAAUGAUUCAUGUCAGGCAGGUUUCCUCACAAAAGUUGAUAAGGUGAAAAUGUGAGUAGGCGUUUUUUUUUUUUUUUUACAUCGAC